CCAAAGCUCAUACGCAAGCAGGCUGUCAGCCUCACACCCCCACCUCCUUUUCCUCCCCUGAAGCCCCGCUAUCUUUAGCACUGUCGCGGAUUACCGUGCACUGCGAGCCGGCUAGACGACCUGCUCCAUCGCUGUCCCAUAGCACUGAAGAGAGCUCUUUAAAACGAACUACACGGCGACAUCAAACCCCAAAAAGGAUGGGGGAAUGACUACAAAAUCCCCGUCCGCGGUUCUCCGUUCCCGACAAGACUACCAUCACCACCUGCGCCCCCAGCGACGAUGCUGCCGCUCUCCAGCCCGCGCAGCGAACACCAACGCCGGGCCUCGACGCUGCUUCUGGCCGCGGUCGUGCUCUGCGUCUUCCGCUCCGCUGCUAGCCUUCCAGCCAGAAGAACCUGCCCUCACCACAUCGACUGUGCCAAACAGGGACGCUACCUGUGCCGGCCUGGCUUCACCACCUGUGGCCCGUGCCUCUCCGUUCUGGUGGAGGAUGAGAUGGGUCGCUGCGUGAUCAAAAAGAGAUAUCGUCACCACGCGAAAGCGCCCGUCUACCCAGACCUGGAUGAAGAGAUUGAUUUCAUCCACUCUUACAUUGAAAAACAGGAAGUGUCCGCCAUUGAACCCCCUAAGACACAUUUGAAACCUCCAGUCGCCGUCUUCUCGGCCAACGGCGGAAGCAAGAUGGCCGCCUCCGAAGAGGGCCGGCCGGGCAACGUCCGGCCGCCCCACAACGGCACCGCUGCCGGCUCCGUCCGAGCGAGUCUGAGCAACGCGUCCACGCCGCAGCCCACCCGAGUGGACGGUCGAGCCGGCCCGCUCAUCCAGAACGCUCACAAGGACGACAAGAUCAUCAUCAUUGUCAUCUCCUUGUUCGUGGUGAUCGGCACCGUCGCAUUGAUCAUGGCGACCGUCUGCUACGUCAAGUUGCGGAAAGAAUCGCGAAUGGCUCAGAAGGUGGACUAUCCGGCCUUCAGGGGAGCGGGUGUGACCGCCGCCGCGGGUGCCGGGAAAUCGAUUGGUGAUAAAACGCUGGCGCAAAGUGCUCAAAUGUACCACUAUCAGCACCAAAAACAGCAGAUGCUUUCCAUUGGAAAUCACAAACCAGAACAGAAAGUCAUUGACUCCGAGAUCACCUCAGACGAAGAAGAGGGGGGAGACUUCACGGUGUACGAAUGUCCCGGACUUGCACCGACUGGCGAGAUGGAGGUGAAAAACCCUCUGUUUGACGACUCCACCAUGCAAUAUCAGGGGAAUCAAAAGUGAAAUGCUAAACACGCACGUGCAAACACUCACACUGCAUGCAGACAAAUGGAGGAAACCUGCCAGAAGACGAGAUGAUUAAAAAGAAAAAAAAAAUCAAACAAAAAAAAAAGGUAUUGUUUCUCGCUUUUGGCCCUUGACUAAUUCUUCCUUGCUUUCUCGAUGCCUCCCUCCUCCCGCUUUUUAUGACCCCCCCCCCCUGUGUAUUGUCGGGUUCUUUGUGGAUUUUAAGUCUUUUAACACAAAGGCUCCUCCUUAAGUUGUUGCUGUGAGCAUCCUGUCCUCAAAUUAAAUUUUAAAACUCUUUACGUUGCAAUUUCUCUCCCCCCGUCAUUUCUCUGGCUGUUUCCAAAGACGGCGACGCGAUAGCGGGAGUGUGUCGUAGCCCCAGACACACACACACACACACACACACACACACACACAGACAUGCGCUCGCAUAUGCUGAAAAACAGGUGCCCUUCUUUGUUUUGUCAUGCGUGACUUGAGGCUAAACCGCAUUCCGCGCAGGAAAUAUUUAACACAUCCCGUCUCUGAAAUUUUAGCCUCGCCGUUGCCGAUUUGAUUUUUGGUCACAUAAGCUGCACAUCAAAAUUUUAAAAUGUAGGGGGAAAAAAAAUAUAUAUAUAUAUAAUUUGUGUGUGCAUACACACACACGCAUGUAUAUAUACAUAUCAUACAAAUAUGAAGAAGUACUUGAUGAUGUCUGUUGCAUGGUUUGACCGUACCGUGUUUGAAUCAUGGCAAUGCAAAUCCGUCUGCCUCCCACUCUGUAUGCAGGAAAUGGAAUUUCCAAUCCAAGUGACUGCGAAGCAUAUGAAUGACAUUUUUGGGGGGGGGCAAGGUGGGGGGGGGGGAGUUAGUGGGCGGUGGCCGGACAGAUUAUAUUGAUAAAUGUGUCGUUGGUCAAUUUCACUCUCUUGUGUUGUUCCGCUCUGUCCUCUCGUCGGUCCCAAAGUGAACCUCCUGCUGCAAAAAUGUACAUAAAAGAGUGAAAGUGUUCACCUUUUAUAGAUAUUUGUACAUGCAGAAAAAGGAUCGGUAAUAAAACUUUUUACCACGCCAA